AUGUUUAUUUACUUUUGAGUGAAUUGUGUGGAUAUUUUAAUGUUUAUAAAUGCCAUUUUUAAAUAAUACUUUCUAAUAAUAUGUAUGUUUUUUACAUUUUCAUUUACUACUAUAUUUUCUGUUCACAAGUAUUUUAGUGUAAAAUAUACAUUCUGCUAACGCUUAACAGAUCACGAGUUUGAGAUGUUUCAUGUGGGAAGUCAUGAAGUGCACUUGAAGAAUAACAUAUCUGACAAUCUUCUGGAAGAAGAAGAAGAAAAAGUAGAAGAAGAAAAGGAGAAAAUCAACAUGCCAACGAUUUUAGUAGGGAUUUGUGCAAUGAACAAAAAGACAUCGUCUAUGCCGAUGAAGGAAAUACUGUCACGCUUAAAGCGAUUUAAAUUUCUCGACUUUAUCUUAUUUUCUGAUGACACUAUCCAAAACUCGCCUAUUGAAGACUGGCCCAUUGUUGAUUGUUUGGUGUCUUUUUAUUCAAAUGGCUUUCCAUUACAAAAAGCUGUGAAAUAUGCGGAACUGAGAAAACCACUGAUAUUAAACGAUUUGAAAAUGCAAGAAUAUUUAUUAGAUAGACGUAAGGUAUAUCGCACACUCGAAGCAAAUGAUAUUGAACUACCACGAUAUGCCAUCUUCAACCGGAACGAAAACAACGAGCCUGAAAAUGGGUGCGAAGAAAUCGAAGAAGUCGAUGAUAUAAUCAUUGUAAAUGGAGUUACGUUUAAGAAACCAUUUGUAGAAAAACCGAUCAGCGCAGAGGAUCAUAGAAUUUGUAUAUAUUACCAAUCUUCUGCGGGAGGUGGCUGUCAAAACUUAUUUCGCAAAAUAGGUGAUCGUAGUAGUGAAUAUUCAUCAAAUGGUCUCAUUAGAAGACAAGGCUCAUAUAUUUACGAAGACUUCAUGCCCACUGAUGGAACAGAUGUGAAGGUUUACACAGUGGGAGCAGAGUAUGCGCAUGCUGAAGCCAGAAAAUCUCCUGCCCUUGAUGGCAAAGUUGAGCGCGACAGCAGAGGAAAGGAAGUCAGGUAUCCAGUCAUACUAAGUGCAUAUGAAAAGUUGAUUGCACAGAAAGUAACAAAAGUUUUUAAGCAAACCGUUUGUGGUUUUGAUUUUCUAAGGACAAAUGGUAAAUCAUUGGUAUGCGAUGUCAAUGGAUUUAGUUUUGUUAAGACAUCAAAAAAAUACUAUGACGAUUGUUCUCAACUAUUGGCUGAUAUCAUACUGCAAAAUUUAGCCCCUCAACGUUGGCAACCCACCCUGCGUAAAUCUCCUGGUGAACCGUUCUUUGAACAGUUCCAGUUCCCUCCUUCAGCUUCGCGUGGUAUAGAGCUAAGAAGCGUCGUAGCUAUUAUGCGGCAUGGAGACCGAACUCCAAAGCAAAAAAUGAAGAUUGUGGUAUCUCAUCGCUUAUUUUUUGAAAUGUUCUACAAGUAUGGUGGCGAUGAAGAGGGAAGAUUAAAGCUGAAAAAGCCAAAACAUUUGCAAGAAAUUUUAGAAAUCGUUCGAAAGCUGAUCGAUGGUUAUGACGAGGAAAGUUUACAACCAAUAACUGAGGUGAAAUCAAAACUUAUACAAAUGAGAACUGUACUUGAAAUGUAUGGACGAUUUGAUGGGAUCAACAGAAAAGUUCAAAUGAAGGCUAUGAACGAUAAAAGAAACGUAGGGAUGUUUGCUAAAUUACGUGGUCGAAAUGAGAUGGAAGAAGGAACAGUGGAAGCAAAUUUGUUAGUCAUUGUAAAAUGGGGUGGUGAGCUGACUCCAAUGGGAAAAUAUCAAGCAGAAAAUCUUGGGAGAGCUUUCCGGUGUGUGUAUCCUGGUGGAGAAGGAACAUAUGGUCGCAUACCAGGAUGUGGUCUUCUACGCCUUCAUAGUACGUACAGACAUGAUUUGAAAAUAUACGCCUCUGAUGAAGGGCGGGUUCAAAUGACGGCGGCUGCGUUUGCUAAGGGGUUGCUUGCGUUAGAAGGAGAAUUGACGCCAGUGUUGGUUAGUCUGGUCAACAGUGAUAAAUAUGUUACUAAUAUGCUCGACUCUCCAAAUGAUGUCAGUGGAACUUUAAUAAGAGUUAAAUCCAGGCUUCACAAUCAUCUGCAUUCCACCACCGAUUUCAUAGAAGAAGAUUUUCAAAAGCUUGCCACAACUGAGAACUCUGCUGUAGCUAAAGCCAUGGAGAUAGUUAGAAAUCCUCAAGAAAUGUGUGAAAAGGUUUACGAACUUGUUGAACAUUUGACAGACCAGAUCACUAAAAUGUGUGAAAAUGGCAGAAUGGACGAAGGAAGCAUUCCAUUGUAUUACGAAGAAAAUUUAAACUUAAUGAAACUACGAUGGGAGAAGCUGAAAAAAGACUUUAAAAAUGAAAACGAGUUUGACAUCAGUCUGAUACCUGAUAUAUACGAUUGUGUAAAGUACGAUUAUCAACAUAACAGGUCACUUGAGUUGCAAUGGAUACCAGAACUGUAUCACUUGACGAAAGCGUUAGCAGAUAUCGUUAUACCUCAAGAAUACGGAAUUUCGAGUGAAGAGAAAUUAAAGAUUUCAAAGCAACUCUGCAGCAGCUUUUUCAAGAAGAUACAAGCAGAUUUACAAUAUAAUGUCAAUCAAUUGAACGAAUCUGUAAAUAGAUUGGAUCCAAGGGAGUCUAUCGGCGUAGAAGAUCCACACCAACAUGUCCGAACACGAUUAUACUUUACUAGUGAAAGUCACGUACACUCUGUAAUCAAUGCUUUAAAACAUGGAGUCCUCUCUCAGGGUUUAGUGGAUUACGAAUGGAAGAAAGCUAUCGAUUUACUAAAUAACACUGCUGAACUAAAUUAUCUAACUCAGAUUGUUUUCAUGCAAUAUGAGGAUUUAACGGUUAGCCCGUCAUCGAAAGAUCGUUUUCGAAUUGAAAUAUUUUUCAGCCCUGGGUUGAAAACACCAAACUCACCCGAGAUCGCUAUGCAGUUGCAAGACGAGUCUUUGUGUAAUCGCUUAGACUACGCCCUGCCAAAGAUAUACCAAAAUGAGAAACAAAAAGAGAGGGAAGAAAAGAGAGAAGCUGAAGUAAGAAAACGGGCGAAGCGGUUAAUAAAACUUCGACGAGCUUCAAGUUUUGACAAUGCUUAUAGUCUGUAUAACAACUUUGAGAUGAACGGUCGUGUACGAAAUGACACAGACCCAACAUCGAGGAAAUUUUCACACGCAAAACCAAUUAAACUGGUGCGACAGUCCACUUUAGAAACUAUCUUCCCUACUUCUUCCUCGCUUAUUAUGGAUGAAACUGUUAACAUCAGAGGAGCAGAGAUAAUCGAGACAUUACCCUCUCUUCAUCCAUUGGUCUCGUUGCAUAGUGCUAUCAAUCAAGCGAAAAUGGAUGAAUUUUUGAACGAUAUGAAGACAAUGGAUUGGAAGAGUAGUGUAAAUCCUAUUUACGAAAAUGUUGAAAAAACAAACGAGACGAAUGUUAACAUCAUGCGUAAUGGAGAAGUUCUAUUGAUGUGAAUUAUAUAAAAGACUAUCAUAGCGAUUACAAUACAAGAGAUUCCUUAACACAGGGAUUAAUUUGGACAGAAUCAGUUUUCGUGAAAUGUCAAUAUUAAUGAAAUCUCUCGACUACUACCAGCCUAAAAUUUAGAACCUCAUUAGUUUUAAAAUUAAAUUAGAGGAAAAUUUACUUUUUGAAUUCAGCCAUUUAAAGUUACUUAAAACUUGAUUCCUGAUCUAUUGAGUUCGUGUUAUUUCCUGCAGCCAUGUCUGUUUAUGCAUUGAGGUUGACCUUUUCUCAACGUUUUAUUUUAUGAUUUUUGUAAUAUAUAGCUGGUUUGGCAAAGAAAAAAGCUAAGCUUUUUUUAA